CACCCGCACGUCGCGAGGCGGGGGCUGAGGAGCGCGGCGGCCGCGGUCAUGGCGGCGCCCACAUACGGGUCCCUCGGCAGCCGCCUGGCCCGGGCGCUUACCCGGGCGCUGACGUUGGCCCUGGCGCUGGCCUUGCUGGUCGGACUGUUCCUGAGCGGCCUGUCGGGCGCGAUCCCGGCCCCUGGGAGGCGCUGGACGAGCGACGGGCCGGUGCCGCCCGCCUCCCGCUGCCGCUCGGUGCUCCUGGACGCUUCGACGGGCCAGCUGCGCCUGGCGGAGGGUCGCCACCCCGCGGCCGUGGCCUGGGCCAACCUCUCCAACGCCGUGCACCAGACCGGGUGGGCCUUCCUGGAGCUGGGCACCAGUGCUGACUACAAUGACAGCCUGCAGGCCUAUGCAGCUGGCGUGGUGGAGGCCUCCGUGUCAGAGGAGCUCAUCUACAUGCACUGGAUGAACACCAUGGUGAACUACUGUGGCCCCUUCGAGUACGAGGUCGGCUACUGCGAGAGGCUCAAGAGCUUCCUGGAGGCCAACCUGGAGUGGAUGCAGCAGGAGGUGGAGCUGCACGGGGACUCCGCCUACUGGCACCAGGUGCGGCUGACCCUCCUGCAGCUGAAGGGCCUGGAGGACAGCUACGAAGGCCGCUUGGCCUUCCCCACUGGGAGGUUCUCCAUCAAGCCUCUGGGGUUCCUGCUGCUGCAGAUCUCGGGUGACCUGAUGGAUCUAGAGCUGGCCCUGAACAAGACCAAGACCAGGGCGACCCUGGGCUCUGGCUCCUGCUCUGCCCUCAUCAAGCUGCUGCCUGGCCAGCGGGACCUGCUGGUGGCCCACAACACGUGGAACGCCUACCAGUACAUGCUGCGUGUCCUGAAGAAGUACCAGCUGCACUUCCGGGAAGGCCCCCAAGAGGACCAUGCCCUGGCUCCGGGCAACAAGCUGGUCUUCUCGUCCUACCCAGGCACCAUCUUCUCUGCUGACGACUUCUACAUCCUGGGCAGCGGGCUGAAGACAACAAGGCCCUGCAGCAGAUGUGGGCACCUCGGUGUAGAAGCAGCAGCAGCUGGCGCAGCGUUUAGAGUGUGCAGCCUGUGCCGCCGGGACGCCGUGAUGGGUGUAGGUCUCAGGCAUUGGCGCAGCCUGGCUGUGAGCAGCGGAAGGAGGCUGGAGCUUCAUUUCACGGAGCAGCAUGCUGGGUUCCCUCAGGGCCUGCUCCCCAGGGAGAAGCUGGGUGCACACCUGUGCAUGCCUCCAAUGCCCACCAAGGAGCUGGAGGAGCAGGUGCCUAAGCCAGGAGCAGGAUGUGAGGUCACUUUGGAGACCACCAUUGGCAACAGGAACCCGGCCCUGUGGAAGUACGUGGAGCCCCAGGGCUGCGUGCUUGAGUGGGUACGAAACACUGUGGCCAACCGCCUGGCCGUGGAUGGGGCCAGCUGGGCAGACAUCUUCAAGAGGUUCAACAGCGGCACGUAUAACAACCAGUGGAUGAUCGUGGACUAUAAGGCGUUUAUCCCGGGCAGGCCCAGCCCGGGCAGCAGGGUGCUCACCAUCCUGGAGCAGAUCCCGGGCAUGGUGGUGGCGGCUGACAAGACCUCGGAGCUCUACGAGAAGACCUACUGGGCCAGCUACAACAUCCCGUCCUUUGAGUCUGUGUUCAACGCCAGUGGGCUGCAGGCCCUGGUGGCCCAGUAUGGGGACUGGUUUUCCUACAGCAAGAGCCCCCGGGCCCAGAUCUUCCUGCGGAACCAGUCCCUGGUGCGUGACGUGGACUCCAUGGUGCGGCUGAUGAGGUACAACGACUACCUCCACGACCCCCUGUCACAGUGCGAAGCCUGUGACCCGCAGCCCAACGGGGAAAAUGCCAUUUCUGCCCGCUCUGACCUCAACCCGGCCAACGGCUCCUACCCCUUCCCUGCCCUGCGCCAGCGCUCACACGGAGGCAUCGAUGUGAAGGUGACCAGCAUGUCGCUGGCCAAGGCGCUGAGCCUGCUGGCCGUCAGCGGCCCCACAUGGGACCAGGUGCCCCCGUUCCAGUGGAGCACCUCGCCCUUCCGGGACAUGCUGCACAUGGGCCACCCCGACCUCUGGAAGUUCCCGCCUGUCCAGGUCUUGUGGGACUGAGGCGCCAUUAUGGCCACCGCUGCCUUUGCCCUGUAGAGCUCUGUGCCUGCCGCUCCGCUCCGGGGCUGGGUGUCUGGGGCCCUCUCCCAGUGUGGGCGGGCAGGAUGAGCUCAGCAUCAGCCCUGAAGUAUGCGGGCGGGUGCUGCCCUGUCCCCUGCUGUGCCGUGGUGCCUCUCCUCCUCCGUCCCCAGGGCAUGGCGUGGGGCCUUCAGCUGGCCUGGCUUCACCCCUCCUGGCCUGUGCUCUGCUGCCCUCAGGACAGAAGCUGGAAAACAAACCGAAACCAAAGUGUCUGGCUGCUCAUGGCUGGAGGGUCCCGAGGUCCCGAGAGCCCCUCUCCCCGCAGGACUGGCGGGAGUGUCGCCCCGUUCCUGCCUCAGUCCCCACCCUGCCUGGCCUCUGGGCAGGGCCCGGGGCCCCGCUCUAGGAGCCCAUUUGCAGGCUGUGCCCCAUUAAACAUGACAGGUUGUGGCCCCGAGUGCACUUCUUGGGGAGGUGGGGAGGCCGAGGGGUGCCGCUUUCCUCUCAGGUGUGGGCUCUCGCUGCCGCCAUGUGUCCUCCUGUCUGUCCUGCCACCUCUCUGCCUGUCUGCACUCCCACUCACCCAGUGCUCACCCAGUGUCCACCUGUGUACUCACCCACCCACCUGUUUACCCGUCUGUCUAUAUGUUCCACCCAUCCAUCGUCCACUUGCUUUCUACUCAUCCAUCUGUCCAUCCAUACCCAUCUGUCUGUCCUCUCAUCCAUACCUGCGUCUGCCUGUCCAUCCACCCCCAUCUGUCCCAGGUGCUUAUUGAGCACCUACUAUGUCCUUGGUCCUAUUCUAGGGCCCUGCUAGCCACCAAGACCUUCCUCUGCCCCACUGCGGGCAGAGCCCAGCAGAUCCCCCCCACCUGGCCUUGGGGACAAGAGUCCCAUGCUCUGUGAUCAGAGGGCAGAAAGCAUGCAGCCCUGGAGCCAGACCUAGCUUCCCAGCAGUCUCCACCUCUUUGUAGCCUUAGACGCAACCUCUCCGAGCCUCAGUCGCCUCAUCUGUAAGAUGGGGUGCGGAUGUCACACGCCCCUCACAGGGCCUCGGCACCAAUCUUCACGCAGUAGCAGAUCCGCAUCCUCACUGCACCUGAGCACCUCCUGCCUCAGGCGAGGUGCAAAGUCCCUGCUGUGGGGAAGGGACCCUGGAGAGCUGGUGCACAUGGUCAGGACACGCGGGUGUGUGAGAUGCCGAGUGCUCUGGAGAAAAUGAAGCAAGUUAGAAGCUAGGAUUUGUUAUUUCCCCUCACUGCCUUUGUGAGGUGUGCUGGAGAACUUCUAUGAAGUUUUCAUUUCCUCCCCCUCUCCCCACCCUUUCUGAGACAAGGUCUCACUAUAGUCCAGGCUGGCCUCAAACUCAUGGGGAUCCUCCUGCCUCAGCCUCCCGAGUGCUGGGAUCACAGGUAUUCGCCACCAUGCCCAGGAGUGUAGUGAAAGUUUAAAUGAAAAAAAAGCAAUAGAAUAAAAGACACUGCCACUAAUCCCCCUUGGUUAGAACACACUUAGCUGAUAGUUCUUGCUGCUUUCUAAAGCAGAUCUGAAACUCCUCAGUUGGGAGCUCUCUUAGCUGUGUUCUUGCGGCUGCCUCGUGCCCUGAAUCAACUCUCAUUUACGGUUCACGGUCAUUUUGGUUUAGGGAAGAGCCAGAUCCCAAUGAGUAAGGCGGAGGAGGACACACUGCAGUGUCUCUAUUUGACAGAAAUUCCCAUAAACGUUUGAUCAGUGGAGGGUGACCAAAAAUACGGUGAAUGUACUUAAAUAAAAAGCAUGUAUUACAAUAAAAGGCACAUUGCCAUGAUUGCCCUGAAAAUACACCUGCUCGCUUUUAACACACUUAACAUCCUUCUUGGCAAUAUGUCUUUUACUGAAGUUUAAAAAAAAAAUUUUAAACAUG